CCGUUAUCAAAUCAGGCAGACUCAAUAAAACCAACCAUUUGACCGGCCAGUGUUGAUUUUUUCCUUCCUCUUUUCGUUUCCACAUUUCUUCAAAUUCACCUCACCCCAGCUCACUAUUUGACUCUCCUUAUUUCAUUUAUACCAACGACCAACAAUGCCUCUAUUCAUUAUAUACUUUGCGCACUACCACGAGGACUUUCGCCUGGCCGAGCUCGAGGCGCUCUCUAAACUUGAAAACGUGAAAAUCACGUACAAGUCCGCCUAUUCAGCGACCUCACCCUUCCUCCUCGUUGAUAUUGCCAGCGCGCAAUUGGCAGCCAAACUUGUCCAGCGCGGCAUCCUCAUUCGCCAGAUCAUCGAGUACUGGGGCAGUCAACCGACCUACUCUGAGCUCUUUGACGAAAUCAAGCAGCAAACCGACCGAUUGGCCGAGUACAAGCACAAGUCGUUCAAGUUUAUUGUUGAUGGGUUUGGCAAGUCCUUGUCGCAGGAGCAGAAGGUUGAGGUUAUUGAAAGCUUUAGUUUCAUGGGGUUUGAGGGUCCAAUCAGGAUGCGCGGGGCGGAGGCGGAGUUUUUUGUAUGCGAGGAGUACGGCGAGUCGGAUAAGCCGAUGCCGCUGGAGACUCCCCAGAUGAUCUGGUUCGGCCGAGUGGUCGGCCAGGGCAGCCGUGAUUUGAUUGAUCGGUUCGAUGUGAAGAAGCGCACGUACUUGGGGAACACCACGAUGGACGCCGAGCUCUCCCUGAUCAUGUCCAACCAGGCGCUGGCACGCGAGGGCUCCCUCGUGUAUGAUCCGUUUGUGGGUACUGGGAGCUUCCUCCUGACAUGCUCGCAUUUUGGCGCGCUCAGUAUGGGGUCGGAUAUCGACGGGAGGCAGAUUCGCGGCACGGCCGGGUUCAAGCGCGGAAUUAAUGGGAUCAAGGCGAAUUUGAAGCAGUACAACUUGGGCGAUCGUGUAUUGGAUACCGCGGUAUUUGAUAUCUGCCAUAACCCAUGGCGCGCUGGCCCACUCUUCGAUGCCAUUGUCACAGAUCCCCCAUAUGGUGUGCGCGCCGGCGCCAAGCGCCUAGGCAGAGCCAACGGCACCAUCCCCGAGUUGAGUCUCAAGAUCGUCGACGGGGUGGAGAACUACAAGAGGGCCGAGUAUUAUCCGCCCACCGUGCCCUAUGAGAUGUCCGAUGUGAUUGGCGAUUUGAUGCAGUUUGCGGCGGAAAAAUUGGUUGUUGGUGGGCGGCUGGUUUAUUGGCUGCCGACGGUGGCCGACGAAUAUGAUCCCAAGGACUUGCCUGUGCAUCCGGCGCUCAGCCUGGUCGCCAAUUCGGAGCAGCCGUUUGGCGGCUGGAGCCGUAGGCUUAUUACGAUGGAGAAGGUCAGGGAGUUUAGUGCUGAUUCUUCGUUGGAGGGCGUAGAUGACCCGGCGCACAAGAACUUCCGCGACAGGUACUUUAGCAAAUUCGAAAAAUUGGAGCUGUGUGAUGAACAGUGCAAAUAAAACUGUAGGCCGGACCCUAUAUGAUUUGUUUAUUUUUAUCCUCGCCUCCUCU